AUGGCUCCCAAUGAUGGUCCCUCGCGCAUGCAUGGCCUCCAUGGCAAGAAGCUGAUCUACUUCACCUCGGUCUUUGUCUCGUUAGGUGUCUUCCUAUUCGGUUAUGACCAGGGUGUCAUGAGUGGUAUCAUCACCGGCAUGUACUUCAAGGGCUACUUCAAUCAGCCUACAAGAGCAGAGAUUGGUACCAUGGUUGCCAUCCUCGAGGUUGGAGCUUUCAUAUCCUCUCUGGGUGUGGGCCGCAUCGGUGACAUACUCGGUCGUCGCCGCACCAUUCUCUACGGAGCUGUCGUCUUUGUCAUUGGCGGUGCUUUCCAGACUUUUGCUACCGGCAUGCCUAUGAUGAUGCUUGGUCGUAUUAUUGCUGGUUUCGGUGUUGGUGCCUUGUCGACAAUCGUGCCUGUCUACCAAUCUGAGAUUUCACCGCCUCAUAACCGCGGAAAGCUUGCUUGCAUCGAGUUCUCAGGCAACAUUGUUGGCUAUGCCUCUAGUGUCUGGGUCGACUACUUUUCCUCAUUCAUUCACAAUGACUGGAGUUGGAGACUCCCCUUGUUCAUGCAGUGUGUCAUGGGCGUCUUGCUCAUUCUUGGUUCAUUCUUGAUCUGCGAAUCUCCUAGAUGGCUGCUUGACAACGACCACGACGAGGAAGGCAUUGUCGUCAUUGCUAACCUCUACGGCAAGGGUGACAUCCACAACCAAAAGGCGCGUGACGAAUACCGCGAAAUCAAGAUGAACGUGCUGCUGCAGCGUCAAGAGGGCGAGCGCAGUUACAAGGAUAUGUUCAAGCGCUACUACAAGCGUGUCUUCAUUGCCAUGUCUGCACAAGCUCUUGCCCAACUCAACGGCAUCAACGUCAUCUCGUACUAUGCUCCUCUGGUCUUUGAGCAAGCGGGAUGGGUUGGCCGCGAUGCUAUCCUCAUGACUGGUAUCAACGGUCUUACCUACCUGCUCUCCACAGUACCCCCAUGGUACCUUGUCGAUCGCCUCGGCCGUCGUUUCAUUCUGAUGUGGGGUGCUGUUGCCAUGAUCAUCUCGCUCUCAGCCAUCUCGUACUUCAUCUACAUCGACAUUCACCUGACUCCACGUAUGGUCGUCAUCUUCGUCGUGCUCUACAACGCAGCAUUCGGAGCUUCAUGGGGUCCCAUUCCCUGGCUCUACCCACCUGAGAUUCUUCCUUUGAGCAUCCGUGCCAAGGGAGCAUCUCUGUCUACUGCGUCGAACUGGGCCUUCAACUGGCUCGUCGGAGAACUCACCCCAAUCCUCCAGGACCUCAUCCAAUGGCGACUAUACUUGAUGCAUGCAUUCUUCUGUGCUGUCUCGCUCGUUGUGGUGUAUUUCACGUAUCCGGAAACUGCCAAUGUUCGCCUGGAAGAUAUGAACAGCAUUUUUGGAGACGCAUCCACCGUGGCUCCUUCGCCUCAGACCCUGGCCGAGGCCGAAUCACUCUUCAGCAGAAGUCCCCCAGCUUCCAUACAUCUCGACCGCGACGGAAAUGCACCUCAAGACGCCAACAUCCCCGAUCUCGACAUAGAUCCACCUGCUGUUGACGUGCAGAACGGCAAGCCCAUGCUCAGUAAAGACGCGGACUCAGAGGGUCUUGGAGGAUGGAUCUCUAACCUUGUUAAGAAGGGCAAGGGAGAUGGAGCUUCCUCACAUGCUGGAGGAAGUGGAAGAUAUAGACGUAUUGGUCAGGACGAUGAUUAG